UCCAGGGAUGCUGGAGCCAAGCCCCUCGCAAGCCUUGGGAGACAGGGAACCAGCACAACUGGGAGCCAUCAAAAUACUGCUGGGGAAAUAAAGGGAGAAAAGCAAUGGAUUUUCAGGCACAGAGUCCCAUCCCUGCAUGAAGAGAGGAGCCUGCUGUGUUGUGCUGUGAAAUCUCCUUUCCAGAUGCUCAGAGGAGCUGUGCUGCCUUCUAGAGACUAAAGAGGGGGGUGAGGAGCUGCAAAGAGCACAACAGCCUACAUCGUUGACACAGCAAACUUCACUCUCGCCUACAGAGCAAGGCAGAAGCUGAUGUAAACAAACUCUAAUUCACAGUCCAGGAACUCAAGUGACACCUGCUCCACAGCACGGAGAAGCUUUGACUGACGCUUCAGACCCAGAAGAUGGGUAGUGGCAAGUAUCUCAAACGACAUUGUUGAGCAGACACAGCAGCAGCCUCCUCCUUGUCAGGCUUUUAAGUCAGUUGUAAGGCAGAACUAACACAACAUAACUAAAAGCAUCAGUCAUUUCCUCUUGGGAGAAACAUAAAUUUUGGAUAUUUAUGUUACCUAGAUAUUGAAUCUUACCAAAAGGCAGUAAUGAUUUUAACCUGCAAUUCCAAUAUUUCUCAUCGUGUAAUCCCAGAGAGUAAGAUAAAUAGCCUCUGUUUUGUGUAGCCUCACUUCUGCACCCCAAGGAAAAAUGCAAAAGGAGGUAAAUUUGGCUUGAAAAUAGUGACUAUUAACUGUGCUAUACUGGUAAAAGUUGGGGAGAAAGGUGGAUUUUCUAAUAUGUUUCUGGAUCCUUCUCAUUGUUCCUGGUGCUGCACUUCUAAGACGUUCUUAAAAACUCUUUUUCCCAGCAAAGCCAGGCUAAUGUUGCCUGUAAGACCCUCCGAGAAUUGAUCUCAUCACUUUUUCUACCUGAAAAGGGAGUGAAGUACAACAGCCUCACAUGAACAUUACCAGCCCCUCACCAUGGUUUUCCUCCCUGGAAACUCCUCCGACUGCUCCAACUGCACCCACUCUGUGGGGCCUGUGAACAUUUCAAAGGCCAUUUUAUUAGGUGUUAUUCUAGGGGGGCUGAUAGUUUUUGGGGUUUUGGGUAACAUUCUGGUUAUCCUCUCUGUAGCCUGCCACAGGCAUCUUCAGAGUGUUACCCACUACUAUAUAAUUAACCUGGCUGUAGCUGACCUCCUCUUGACUUCCACUGUCCUGCCCUUCUCAGCCACUAUGGAGAUUUUGGGCUACUGGGCCUUUGGGAGAAUCUUCUGCAACAUCUGGGCAGCUGUCGAUGUCCUUUGCUGCACUGCUUCCAUUAUGAGCCUCUGCAUCAUCUCCAUAGACAGAUACAUCGGGGUGAGUUACCCACUGAGAUACCCCAGCAUAGUGACAGAGAAGAGAGGUCUCCUGGCACUCCUGUGCGUUUGGGCACUGUCUCUGGUGAUAUCCAUUGGACCUCUUUUUGGCUGGAAGGAACCAGCACCAGAAGAUGAGACCAUCUGUCAAAUCACCGAGGAGCCUGGCUACGUGUUAUUCUCCGCUCUGGGCUCCUUCUACCUCCCCCUGACUAUUAUCUUGGUGAUGUAUUGCCGGGUGUACGUGGUGGCCAAAAGGGAAAACAAAGGUCUGACUUCUGGUCUGAAGACAGAGAGAUCUCGUUCCGAAGCGGUGACCCUACGGAUCCAUCGUAAAAAUGCCCCUGAAGCCAGCAGCUCAGCAUCCAACCCCAAGAGCAAGCAUCAUUUCUCAGUGCGUCUCCUCAAGUUCUCCAGGGAAAAAAAAGCUGCCAAGACCCUGGGAAUAGUGGUGGGAUGCUUCGUUCUGUGCUGGCUCCCAUUUUUCGUAGUGAUGCCCCUCGGUUCUUUCUUUCCUGCAAUCAAACCCCCGGACACACUUUUUAAAAUAACAUUUUGGCUUGGAUAUUUAAACAGCUGCAUCAACCCCAUCAUCUAUCCGUGCUCAAGUCAGGAGUUUAAGAAAGCGUUCCAAAACGUCCUGAGAGCGCAGUGCCUCCCAAGGAAGGAGGCGAGAAAGAAGCAGUCCCCAAGUUUCAACCUCAACCAUCCCACUGGCCAAAGACUGGAGAGUGGCAAAGGUGUGGUCCGUAUCCCCGUCGGCUCAGGAGAAACCUUCUAUAAGAUUUCCAAGUCGGAUGGGGUCUGCGAAUGGAAGAUCUUCUCCGCUGUGCAAAGCAUGCCGGCCAAAAGUGGGGUUUCUAAAGACUGUACCUCUGCCAAGGUGAAAAGCAAAGGUUUCCUCCAGGAAUGCUGCUGCACGGGCACGUCAAGGAACCUCGUCCAUGAAAACUGUAAAGUGCCAACCAUUAAAAUACACACCAUCUCCCUCACUGAGAACGGGGAGGAUGUCUAAGGGAUGGAAGCAGCACAGGCUGGCAAACGGGUGGCUCUGCUAACGGGACGUUGCUCUUCUUAUUGGGAAGUAGAAGUAGAUGCCACCAGAGCUGAAGGGAUCUGGGAGAAACAAAUAGCAUACUGUAAAACAGGGUGAAAGCCUUUGAGACGUGGUGUCUUUGAGUGCUGGCAGCCUGAAUGAAACCCCUUAAAGACAGUGAAUGGUUUCAGUGGAUGGUGAGCACCUUAUGGUCUUCCGAGAGACUGGCCUCUGCGAGUCAUUUGCCUGACACCUAAAGGCUUUAUUUUUCACUGUAUUCCCCUGUUUCAAAGUUCCUACUGUUCUGAUUUAGGUGCAAUGGAGGAGAAAGAGAAAACUACAAAGAUCCCAUGCUGAUUUCAGUGUGGGUACUUUCAGACAGCACCACAUUUAGACCCAUUUUGUGAUUCUGCUCCCCCCAAAAAGCUUAACCUCAAUUCAACAGCCAGGAGAGCUGAGGCUGGGAGGCUCAGGUCUUGGGACAGUGUUUACAGAUCUCUGCUUACUUUUCAUUACGGGACUAUGGACAAGAAUGUUUUCCUACCAUGUUUUGCCUCUUUUGUACGUGCCCAGGUCCUGGCUUGGUGAGGUCCUGCACACCUUGAAGAGAACAGGCAGCUCUUUGGAUCUGCAUCUUCUGGGCAGCCUCAAUGGUUCCUCAUUCCUGGGCUGCACCGGGUGGGGAUUUGGUCUUCUGCAAUGGCCACAAGGCUGCUUGUCUUCAACCUGUUUGGAAAAACAGUCACAUCAGCUCGUAGGGCAUGGCAAAAACACGACCUUGGCUCUUGCCCUGCUCGGAGUCGCUCUAAGUUUCCCCUUGUGCCAUGGAUUUCAGUAAACUCCAUUGCCAAGGGAAACCCAAGGCAAGUGGCUGCACUCCCACCUAGCUCCAGAGACCAACCAGAACUUUUCUUUUUUGUACAACCAACCUCCCACAUCUCCAAACAAAACCAAAUGAAAAUUUGCAUGCAUCCUAGGCUUGCUUGGAAGGUCUCUGCGCUUUGAUGCAGGUCUAAUAAAAUUCAAGACUAGGUAAGUCAUCCUCAAAUAAGGUCGAAGACAUGGCUUUCACUCAUCCAUUUGUUUUCCUUGCUCUGAGUCCAGCAAGGACCUGCUUAAAGACUCAAUCAUUCCUUGCUCAGGUGCUUGCUAGUCAGAUCAGUGCCACAGUUGCUGGAAAAGCUGCAGAUAUUUUCCUGUCUCCUUGCAGUCUUAUGCCACAUUCCUUUUCUGACUCCUUCAAUACUAAGUGCUUUAAGCUUUCUAUGAGAUCCUGGGUACCCUGAAGCCAGGAACUUUGCCCUGGUUCUGAGCAGUGGGAGUUAAGCACGUUAAAUGACUUAAGGACAUACAUCCCCAUGAGAAAGGGCCAUCCUUUGGGAAUUUGGGAGGAAAGCAUUUGGAAGCAUGUUAUAUUUUAAUAUAGCUAAUCCAAAUAAAUAAAUAAAUGAGCUGUUCAGCAUCUGGAAGAAAUAGUGGGAGGAAUUCUCUGUACAAUAUUAGAAAUAAGCAGCUCUUGACAUAACUCCUCCUGAGCCUGCCAAGUAAGAAUGCAGCUUCUUGAAACAACACAUAAGCCUUUACUCAUGUCUCAAUGUCAGCUCCUGUGCUGAAUAUCUACUGUCUUGAAAAGGGAAAGGGCUUAAGAAAAGGUUAGCUUUUACAGGAUACGGCCUUGAAAGGACACCUUGAUAUUAUUGAUGAGGAAUCAUUGUUUAUUCAUCUCUCAUUCAGUAUGAGGUCCCCAGCGUCAAGAGAAUUUCAGUCUGCUGUGCCUUUUAUUUAUGCUUGAAUGAGAUUUCUUUCCUCCUGCAAACAUGUGUUUGGAGCUAGAACAUCAUUGGACAAUUUGCAAAAGUAAAAUCUCAUCCUUGGAGUUCUUGUUUUGCACAGUCCUGGAAGCAGAAAACAACCUCGGAGCGUACAUACAGUUCAGCUCUAUACACAGCCAGGAUGCUAAUCAAGCACUGCCACUCCAAAUAAAAGUUGAGCUCAAAGGGAAAAAAGAAAGUGGAUAGACCUAGCCCUGUAUUUUGUGCAGACAGUUCACAGAGACAGAACAAUUUUCCCCCUAAUUUGGCCCUCUUCUCAAUGCAUUAAAUUUAUUGCAUAAUAUCUUUACACCUAGGAAACUUAUUACCAAGUGCUCAUUUACAGAUCUCGCUAAUCUUGCAGGAUCAAAAGUAAAAUCUGUAAAAGUAAGAAUCAUGUCUUUGGGCAGAUUCACUAGUAUUUACUCAGACACCACCAGCCUGAUGGAGCUGUGUCAAAGAACAAGCAAGUUGUAAAAAACCUGGUAAAGCUGGCACCCUUUUUUCUGGUGUAAUAACCAAGAACACUCCAAGUCCUAUAUGUUAUAGUAAAUUUUCCUUGCAGCACUUGCUGCCUCAGAUACAUAUGUCCUAUAGGUGUUUUCAGCUGCUAACAUGUCACAUCAAGCAGAGGACUUGCUUCUCCCAGCCUUUAAAUAAAUGAGUAAGCAGUGAUUAGGAAAACAAAGCUAAUAGUUCUCAGCUCAGCCUGCAGUAGUCCUGAAGACAUGGAGAAGACACUUGAAUUUGGAAGCACAGUGUUCUUCAGACCAUUAAGGUUUUGGUGUGUUUGGUGGGUGAGUGUCACUGGCUACCUCUUGGAAAAUGAAAUAUCUAGCCUAGCUGAUUAGCUGAAGCAAAUAGCUAUUUGUUCUCCCACAUGAGUGCUGCAUAAGGAGGAUACAGAAUGUCCCAAACAGGUUAAAAUUAGAGAAUUCAAAUCAAAUCCCUGGACCCAAACCUUUUAUUUAUUUCCAAAAGCAAUCUGUAGCAUUAUCCCAUUUUUUUUUAAAAUAAGAAACCCACCCCACCCUUAAAGCUUUUCUUAGGGCUUUUCAAUAAAGUCUAGAAUUUGAAACUAGAAGUGUUGAAAUACCAUGAAAAAAAAUAUUCUCAUGGUACUUCAAGCCAAGACCAGAAGCAGAAAAGCUGGAAAUCUCAUAAGAAAGUCACGUGAGACUCAUGGCCAAGGUUCUCAGUCUCACGGGGUUCAAAUACGUGGGACGUUUAUUUGAACAAAACCCGAACUCUGAAACAUUUUGAAAAACACCCAUUAAAAUGAACACUACUAGCAAGAUUUAAAAUCUUCACUGCACACACUCGCUGCCCAACCCCACCCAUAUAUUUAUUUUAUAACUUGAAUCAGUAAGGUCAUUUGUGCCACCUCCUCUUUGGAGCUGGGAGAUUUACAAAGGGUCUCUCUAGUAAUUUUAGAUUUGUGGAGGCUUCAUGGUGUCAGGCAAAGGGUUGUUGUGGAGCUACACAUGGGCUGACAAAUGGAUUAGUCAUUUCAUUCCAGAGCAAUUCUGAAGUAGGAAUAUAAUCUGAAUCUGUGAAGAGAAGAUAAAUAAGUCAGUGUGCUGGUGGCACGAACAGGCACGAAUAGUCACCUUUGUGUCACAGCACUCCUGCCUGUGAGAGAGUGAGAGAGCUUAGAACAACCAAGUCUUGGUCUCAUCUUCAUCCUUUUUUUCCUAUCAUCAAACAGAUGCUAAAGGACCUCUCUGUCCAGUGACUCUGAAAAGCACCCAGACCUCAGCGACAGGCGAGCCUGGUCCCAGCCACACCUCUGCUGCUGUCACAUCUGCCAGCAAAAACAAUCACAUAAUUUGUUUGGCUCACUCUGAGAAUUUCUGCAUGAAAACUGCCCCGUUCCCUUGUUGCAAGCAGGGUCAUAGGCACUUGUCAUCUUGAUAGACAUUUGGACCGACAAGUCUCAAAACCAUAGAAGGAGCUCUAGGG